AUGGAUACAGAAUUCCUCUACCACAUUCCAGCUGGGCUGGAUAGCAUUCCGGAGCUAUCGGAAGAGGAAAACAGCAUUAACAUUCAAUCGACUGAUGACGAAUAUGAACCAUCUUGUUCAGAAACCGAGUCUGACAAAGAAUUCGUCGUUCCAGAUGACAUCCAAUUAACCAAGCCGGAAGAUGAUUCUGAUUAUGAACCUCCUGAUUGCGAUACCGAGCAAACCACGCACGCUUCGGAUGAAAGCGAGGAUGAUACCCUCAAUUCAGAGAUAUUGGAUAGAAGAAAGGUUUACCGACGACGACGGUCAGUCACUCAAUAUCAGAUCAAGAUAUGGGUUGAUGGAGAACACAUCGGCUUUUUGUUUGACUGGAUGCGAGCCUUUCAGGAAGCGGAUAACGAGAGCACACAUUUGGCAGGUUAG